AUGUCUGACGUGCCCAAACGGAAAGUCAAUCUCGACGUCAUCGGCCAGCUCGAAGAAGACCUCGAGGAGUCUCCUUUGGACUAUGCUAGGUGGACCAAAUUGAUCAAACAGGUGGUGAACAAAGACAAAGAAGAGCAGGUCCGGCGAGUGUUUGAAAAGUAUUUGCUGAUAUUCAAGCAUGAUGGGGCCCAGUGGUGUGGCUACAUCAGCUAUGAGAUGAACCGUGGAGAAUUCCAAAAGGUGGAGACCCUCUUUGGCCAGUGUAUCAACUUGGUGGAUGAUGUCGAAUUAUAUAGACUUUAUGUUUCUUAUGUUAGGCGAACAAAUGAUGUUAUCACUGGCGGAGAGAAGGCCCGGGGAGUAGUCAUCAAGGCUUUUGAGUUUGCUGUCAAUAAAGUAGGCAUUGAUAUCGCCAGCGGACCAUUGUGGAACGACUAUCUAGAUUUCUUGAAGUCAUGGACUCCAACAGCUUCGUGGGAACAACAGCAAAAAGUGGAUUUGAUUCGGAAAGUAUACAAGAGGUUUCUCGUUAUACCUACAGAAAAGAUAGAGCAAGCAUGGUCAGUUUAUACCAAAUGGGAAUCAGACUUGAAUGCUUCUGCCGCCAGCAAAUUCAUCGCUGCAAUUUCGGCAGAGUUUAUGGAAGCCCGUUCGUGGAACACUGAAUGGCAAAACAUGACUCAAAAGCUGCUUCGACGUUCUAUCAUUCCUUUUAGUAUCACCGACUCUCAGUACGGCCACUUGGUUCGCAGCCAAUUGGACCUUUGGUACAAGUGGAUUGAAUUAGAGAGGAAAAAUAAUUUGGCAAUUAAGGAAGAAUCUUUGCUUCAAGCACGUAUUGAAUAUGUGUUUAAACAGGCUGUCAAGUGCUUGCCAUUUGUUCCAGAAAUAUGGUUCAAACUAGGUAGGUUUUGGUCAGCCUCCAACGAAGAUGCCAAUGCAAAUAAAGUUAUGACUCUUUUAAAAGAAGGGUUGGUCUUGAACCCAAGAAGUUUCUUGAUAGGCUUCGAACUAGCCGAAUUAUAUGAGAAGGAUGGCAACUUUGGAGAAACAAAGUCAGUUUUUGAGGGAAUCAUUGAUCACUUUGUUAAAGACUACAGCUCAGUUACAGAGAAAAUCAAUUCAAUCUUGGAUACCAUUAACAAGCCGAAAAACCAACCAGAAAACUCCAAAAAUAAUGAAGAUGACGAAAACGAAGAUGAAAUAGAUUACAAUCAGGUAUUCAACCAGCUCUCGGAACCCCAAGUUCUCGAGCUCCAGAAAUUACAGAGACAAUUGGAAGAACUAAACAAGUGCAUCACUCUUCUUUACUCCAAGCUAAUGUUGAGUGCCAAACGUGCCAACGGAAUCACAGAAGCACGGUCCAUUUUCAAACAAGCUCGCAAAAUAUCAUACAUAGGGUAUGGGCUUUACGUGGAAAAUGCCAUGAUCGAAUACUAUUCGGACAACAAAUCUACAGCCAUAAAAAUCUUGAGGCUCGCCAUGAAAAAGUUCGGACAGAACGGAGAAUUCUUAUUGGCGUAUUUAGAUUAUUUAAUUACUCUUAACGACUUUGAAAGUAUCAAGACUUUCUUCGAGCAGGCACGAACAAACUUGUUGAAAGAUUACAACACAGAAAAAGAGGAUCUCGAUGGUAUGGCCAACAAUUCAAACUCGGUUGAAAAAUUGAAGAGAGAAGCAAAGAUAAGAAGUCUCAGAAAGUGCAAAUGGUACUUGAGAAAACUCACUGAAAAGUUUGCCCGGUAUGCCGCUAACAAUGAUUUACAGAUGGUUAUGUCGUUGGAAGCGAGGUAUAGUCAAUACUUCCCCGAAGACGAUCCUAUUGAAUUUUUCAGUGACAGGUACUCUAUAGGUUCGAUGAACCUUAUCGAAAAAUACGAUCUUGGGACUGCAAGGAAGAAUGAACUUGAUUCGCCAGUAGAGAUUCAACCGCACUCACCAAAGAGAAGAAAAGUCCAGUUGCCUAAUAUACCCAAAGACUUUCCAGCCAUUGCCAAUCCAGAACCACAAAUGUCUACCCCGGAACCACAGGCUCAAAAAUCUUUUGUUGGUAAUAACAUUUACAAUCUUUUGAGGGUUCUUCCCAGUGCCUCGUACUUCGGACCUCCUUCUGAACAUGUGUUUGAUGGCAGUAAGAUUGUCGAGUUGUUGGCAAAUCUUCCAGAUAAGCCAAACUAA